AUGCGGUCAGUGCAGAAGGGGGGUCAGUGGAAGAAUAGCGAGGAUGAGGUACUGAAGGCUGCGGUGAUGAAGUAUGGUAUGAACAACUGGAGUCGUGUGGCGUCGUUAUUGAAUCGGAAGACAGCUCGGCAAUGUCGUGCUCGAUGGUAUGAAUGGUUGGAUCCCCAUGUGAAGAAGACGGCAUGGUCUCAGGCUGAGGAUGAGCGUUUGUUGCACGCAGUUAAGUUGUUUCCAACACAGUGGAAGACGGUGGGGCCUUUGGUGGGUCGUACGGCGUAUCAAUGUCUCACCCGUUACGGCGAAUUGUUAGACCGCGCGGCGGGUCGGGAAGACGGGCAGGAUGUGGAAGACCCGGACGACCCACGGAGACUGCGUCCGGGUGAGAUAGAUCCGAACCCGGAGACCCGGCCGGCCAAGGCCGAUGCCGUGGAUCUGGACGACGAUGAGAAAGAAAUGCUGGCUGAGGCGCGCGCACGACUUGCAAACACCAAAGGUAAAAAGGCGAAGCGGAAGGCGCGUGAGAAACAAUUGGAGAGUCGCAAACGUUCCGUCAUGGUGCAGAGACGUAAGGAGCUUGAGGAGGCUGGUAUCAUGCUUAAACCUCGACGGAACAAGGCGGAGCGCAUGGAUUACGCUACCGAAAUCCCAUUCGAAACCGCACCCCGACUCGGUCUGUAUGACACCAGCUAUGAACAAGAAUUGCCUGCCAGCCGCAAAGCAGCCGCACUAAAACUCCAAUCCCUCGAGGCUGCCAAGGCUAAGGUACGCAAUCAACGACUACAAAUAGAAGAUCGAAAACGCAAACCUGUGAAUACCCAAAAUGAGGUAGACGUCUUCAGUGUCCGCCAACGCAGUACUUUAACCUUACCCAGGCCCUUAGCCGCCGACCAAGAUCUGGUCGACCUCGCCAAAGCCGCCGUCCGACCUGCUCCAGACCUGUUGAGCGACGUACUUGCGCCCGUCGUCGGCACACAGAAACUUACUGCCGGCACACGCCUCGACACACAUGCUGGCACACACCUCGGUACGGGGACACUGCCCGGGCGUAACACCACCGGGACGGGGGCUCCCAAAAGUUCCAGUCGGGGGAUUUUGCCGGUAGCGGAGGACGAGUUUGCAUCACGAAAGUUCUCUGCUGCCGAACUAUUGGGCGAGAUGCCGCUUACAGUAGGGCUACGAUAUGGCGUGGAGAUUGAUUUACAUCUCGACUCAACGUCCGAGACAGAAGCCGACAGGCCCGAGGACGCGCGCGAUAUGGCUCGCAUACGACAGCGCACACGCGCGCGUCAACUCGACCGACUCGCGGCCGUAAACCGGCGAGUCGAACUCUUCCUCGGACAUUACCCACGCCCCGAACAACUGCCCCAGGACCCCGUCCUUCUCGUCACCCUUCUGCGCCGCGGUUCCGAAACGGCGACCAAGGUCAAGGCCGAAACGGCGACCAAGGUCAAGGCCGAGACGGCGGCCAAGGUCAAGGCCGAAAACCUGAUUGACUUGCAGGUCGCCGAAUUGCUUUGCGACGAUGAACGCUUCCUCCCCGCCAAGGAGUACUACAAGUUCUUCCAGUCGCCGGACGCCCUCGAGUCGAUAACGAACUUGCGUAAUAGCUUCCUCCUCGCCGCACAACAACGUAACCAGACGGCUCUUAAAUGGCUCGAACGCGCUGCCGACCUCAUCAACCAGCUAGCCACACAAGAGCGUCAACAAUGGGAAGGAGAUGAGCGAGAAAUAGAUGAGCGAGAAAUAGAUGAGCGAGAAACAGAGGACAACAGUGCUGAAGCCAUGGUCAUCGAGGAGACUAUGUUCGACCGGUAUCGCGCGCACAUUCCCGUGCACUCAUUGGAGCAGGAAGCAGUGGGGAGCCCGGGGGUGGGGGAGAUGCGCGUGGCAGUCUGGGACGGCGACCGUUGCCGGUUCGUGGCGGUAGACGACCGACUUGCGACUGGCCGGAUCGACGAAGAGAUCGCGGCUGCGACCAAGACCUCUGCACAAAACGCGAAGGCAAACCGCAAGUUGGCGAACAACGUGGCGCUGCUCACCGCGGGAUAUGGUGAACGCGUCGAUGCCCUGCUCCACAACCUCGACGUCCUCUACCAGUGCGAACUCGACCUCUUCCACCAAACCACCGCCGCCCAACUUCCCGAACAAAAACUCGCCUUGGUCGACCCGAACACCGGGACGGAGACGGCUAUGAGUCUCGGUCCCGGUGUUCGGGCUGCUACCGGGUCUAACGGAGACAACGUUCCCGUGCGGUAG